AUGGUCAAGAUGACUUCAGAUGCUGGAACCCAAACGUGCGAGACCUGCGACGUAUCGACGCAGACAGACUCCAGAUGGGAGGGCGAAUGCGAGAACAUCCUGUAUGCGAGUCGAGACCGAGCUUGGAUAGAAUACGAAGCCGAACCAGAGCCCGAAAGGUCAGCGGACCCGGUGGAAGAGUCCGAGCGGUCCAAUGCAACCGACGUUGAAACCCUGCCAGAGUACAUCCGAGUGAUGAAGGCUACGGGAGAAGAGUUGGAUCUAGAACCUGGUGUUUACAUCCAUGAGGGAAGCGAGUUGAUGUCUCAGCUGCGUGAUAACCUCAUGAUGUUGCCUAAUUUGAGCGAUCUCACACCUGAGUGUGACAUCUCUAAGGCGGAUGUGGGCAUCCCAGGACGGACUACUCCAGCGGAAGAAGAGCAGCUGAGAACCGUUCUCAGACGACAUUCCAAGAUCUUCUUAGGCGAUGGAAAUGCGGCACCUACCCCAGCACGGGGCGUGGUAUUCGACAUUGACGUCGGAGGAGCCAAACCGGUAGCACUUCGACCAAGAUCGAUAAUCCCGAAGGUUGAAAUGAAGGUCUACGAGUUAGUGAAGAAACUCCUAGAAACUGGACUCGUUGAGAUGUCUGACUCUGCUUGGGCUUCGCCUAUUGUGAUCGUCCUGAAGCAGAAUGGAGUUGACAUUCGCAUGUGUAUUGACUAUCGCCUGGUAAACAGUUUCAUUGAGCUGUCGAAUUAUCCGCUGCCGCUGAUUGACGACCUCCUGAUGGGCUUCGAGCAAGCCAUGUGGGUCAUGUCAUUAGACAUGGCUAGUGGAUUUUGGGCCAUACCUAUGACCGAGCGAGGCAAGCGGAUCUCCGCGUUCGUGUGUCCAUUCGGCCAUUUCCAAUGGAUUCGAAUGCCAUUCGGUCUAAAGAACGCCCCGUUGAUAUAUCAAGAGAUGAUCAACAAUUGUCUUUGGGGAUUCGUCAGGUUACCACCAGAGGAAAAGAAGACUGUGGAUGCGGACGUUCUGAAGUUCCUAGAUAAGAUGACGGCUUUCAAGCGGAAUAUCCCAGCGCCAUCGCAUAUGGGACCCGUCCUCGGACGGAGUUCUUAUAUCGACGACAUCGCCCAUGAGGCGCCCACCUGGGACAAGUUGUGCGAGGAUUUAAACGCUCUGCUAUAUCGGCUAUGCUAUUGGAAUAUCUCCGUCAGCAUUCCCAAGAGUGAAUUCGGCAAGCUCACCAAUCCGUAUCUCGCUAAUGAAAUUAGUGCCGAGGGUGUUAGGGCUAUGGCCAAGAUCGCGAAGUCCGUUCAAGAGUUACCGUUCUCGACAACGCUCAAAGGAGUACAGUCCUUCUUGGGAAACCUAAAUUACUACCACAAGUUCAUAGAUGAUUUCUCGGUAGUGGUGGCGGCACUUCAUGAAUUGACUGAUGAACAGAUCAAUGCUGGAAGGGAUUUGUCCAGAGCCAAAGAAUCGUUCGAGAUUCUCAAGCGGAAAAUCGUGUCUACGCCUCUGUUGCGUCACCCCGACCGGCACAAGCCGUUCGUGAUCAUUCCACAUGCGAAUCGCUGGACGGCCUGCGCCGUCCUAGGACAAAAAUAUGAUGAGAAAAUCUUACCCGUACGAUUCACAGGUCGGGUACUGAAUGAAACAGAGAUUAGGUAUCAUGAAGCAGAGAAGGAGGUGAUCGCGAUCAUGCGAGUAUUGGAAGUAUUCGAGAAUCUCGUCAGGGGAUGCCCGAUCAAGGUCCACACGCGGUAUUCCGUCCUGUCCUGGUUGUUGAAGUCUAAGAGCGCCGACGGACGUUGCGUCAGAUGGGGAGUGAUCUUGUCCAAUUGGGACUUGGAAGCCCACAAGGUUCAGAGCGACGAGGAUGGGUUGGCUGCUAUUAUGGGAGCAGGCAUCACCCCACACUUUGAUGGUUACGUGUUGAGUUUCGAUGGUGCCGCUAAGACGUCUACGCGUCAGGGUAGCUGUGGAUGUAUCAUCUGGAAACUCCCCGGUUGGAAGGUAGUGACGGCUCAAGGCUUUGUACUCGAAGAUGUCACUGUCAACGGCGCAGAGUACCAUGGUCUGCUCAAGGGUCUGACCAUGGUAGCCGAGCGGGGCAUCCCGGACGUGGUUGUUGUCGGAGACUCACGUAUCGUGAUACAGCAAGUGCAAGGGCUGAUUAACUCUAAUCAGCCCAAUUUGCAGCGGAGACUAGCCGAGUAUGGUGUCCUACGAGAAAAGUUCAAGUCAGUCCGGCUGGUACAUGUCAAGCGAGAAUACAACCAGGCGGCCGACUAUCUCACCUCGAAGACACUGGUGGCUGGGGAAUCCUGGAUCGUGACCGAUCCGGCCGAGAUGACGCAUUUGGAAUAUGUGUCUUCGAUUUCAGAGAAGCUGAUGAAGCCGGUAGUCGUUCUGGACUUAGACGACCCUACUCGAGAGACACCGCCGGGCAAAUCAACUAGUGUUCGGCCAGGGUCCGAGUCCUCCCCUCUACCAACCCCGGUCAGAAUCAUGACGGCCGUGACCCGGAGUCAUACUCGCGGAAACCCCAGUCAAAGUGAUCCAAUGGGACCAUUGGAGUAUCAAGUGGAAAGGUGGAGACGAAUCAAGACGCACCAAGAUGAGGAUCACCGUCUGCUAAACCUCAAGAAAUUCUUGCGAGGUGGAGUGGAUAGUUUCUCUCGCGCGCAGAUACGUCGCCUUUCGAAGGAAGCUGACCUGUUCGAGUUAGACAGUCGAGACGUGUUGUUCCGUCUGAAUCACUCCGCUCAGAGGAGGCCCAGAGAUCAGACGGACAUGUUACGAUUGGCAGUUCCAGAGACAUUACUCCAGGACAUAUUGCAUUACGCUCAUGAGGAUUUCCAAGUCCGCCUGGGCAACACUUUUCUGUUGCUUUUCCAGGAUAUGUUCUCCGGUUAUGUCAUGUGCAAGCCGAUGGGCUCAACCACCGCCCAAGAGGUGGCUGAGGAAGAACGUGUCUUCCAGAGGUUUGGGGCGAGUUCCAUGAUCCGCCACGACCAGGAUCCAAGAUUUAUGGGCGAAGUGGUCAGACGUUUCCAGGAAUUGCUAGGGAGCAAACAACGAGUCACCCUCGGCUACAGACCCAAGCAAGUGGCCAACAAGAACGCGGAAAGCCAAGCGGGAUCGAGCGAUCACACAAACCCGGAAGUAGAGAGCCCUGUCGGAUCGGAUCAAGGUUCGGUCGGAGACGCGGUAUGGCUAUACAUCCCGAAAGUCCAGCCAGGGUUGAGCCGCAAGCUCGCUCACCUGUGGCAUGGACCUUUCCGGAUCGCCGAAGUGACCGACGAUUUCCGUGUAAGGCUCACGAUUGACGACACCGGUUACCGUGUGAACCCAUGGGUACACAUCAGCCGACUCAAGCCUCGAGCGUUGUUUCCCAAACGACCGACAGUCCGGACGGAGAUUGAUGAUGAAGAUGACCGGGAUGCAGCUCUGCUGCCAGAAGACAGUUGGGAGGUGGAUAACACCAACAACGAGUAUGAAGUCGAAGAGAAUCUGGAUCUAAGCUGGUCCAAGCGGACCCGCACUUCCAAGCGUAUCCGCGAAUAUCUCGUCAAGUGGAAAGGCUACGACGAGCCAAACUGGGUGCCACUAGCUCAGCUGAGCUGUGGUGCCCUGUUCAAUCAAGGGGCAAAAGCCCGCGCACGUUUCCAAGCCAUGCAGGCUGGAGACGACCACCCGAGGUUGUAA